UCCUUCUCUUUUGUUGUGAAAACGAGAACCGAUACGCGUGGCCUACCAUUCAGCAGAGUACGUUGACCCCGAUCCAGUUGGCAAGGUGUUGUAAUUGCAGGUGCCAGGUAUAGGUUUUAUAGGAAAUGCGAUCUUACUACCUCCUAGACAGACAACAAAGCUUACCGGGCACUGAUACCUGGUGCGUAGAACGUGUAGGGGUAGCGGGAGAACUGUUAGAGCCGCAGUCACAAAGGACCGGACGUAUGACCGAAACAACUGGCGACAAGGAAUCUACGAAAACCUGUCCAGUCACAAGACAGCUAAAAUGUGUGUGACAUAUCCGCGACCACCCUACGAGUAUGUCUACUUGCUGUCUUAAACCUGUUGUACUGCAUGUGGGACUGACUGGGACCUUUCUGUGACCAGCCGAACAUUGUAAUAGGGAACCAUGGCGGGAAACACCGCUGAGAAGUCAACGAACAUAAACGGAAGUCUCCCGACUGUCUCUGAGAAGGUAGACCAACAGAAUGGCGGAGUAGUGUUGGUAGACCCAGAAGACGACAAGGAUGGAAAGUCCGAGCAGAGGCAUUGUUGUUCCAGGUGUUGUUUGCGGUGUUGUCCUUCGGGCACCUGCGAAUGCAGCUGUUCGUGUUUCCAAGCAUGUCUGCAGUCCGUCAGCUACAUUAUGGUGCACGGUUUGGAGGAACUGUUCACAAGGGUUGGCAGAUUUGUAGGCCGGUUCCACUGGCUCGCCAUCCUUGUGCCACUGCUGGUGACCGGUGGUUUCUGUGCGGGGUUCAUCAAGUUCUACCAGGAGACGGAAUACAACAACCUCUGGGUCCCAGACGGUUCCACCAUACUAGACAAGGCGGCUUUCGUAGCCAUAAACUUCCCCAGCCUGUCCGGCCGGUACCAGUACAUUCUGGUCAUGGACGAGAACGUGCUGACUGCAGACAGCAUCAGAGCGAUGUACGAAAUCGACAAGAAGGUCAAGACAAUAGAUGCUGAAACCGUCCCCUCCUGGGAGAACAUUUGUUACAAGCUCAAUGGAGUUUGCUUCUCAACAAGUCUGCUGGAGCUGUGGAGCUUUAACGAGACGAUCAUAAGUAACCUGACAGAUCAGGACGUCAUAGACAUGGUCAACACCGUCAACCUCACCAGUCCCGUGUACCUGGGAGACUUCUAUGUUGAUAAGGUGCUAGCUGAGAUAACUCGGAACGGGAAUGGAGAGAUCACCGGCGCAAAGGCACACACCAUGGUGUAUGCAUUGAGACUGGGUGGAGAUGUCGGGAAGGCCUGGGAGGCUGAGUUCAUCGAUGUAGGCCUGGCGGGGCACAAUGACCUUGAUGAAGUCCUACCAAGGGCAAUAAGAAGUUUUCAGGACGCUUUCCGAGGUCAAACGUUCUCAGAGAUUCAGCUCCUGUCCGCCGGCUACGCGCUCAUCAUCGCGUACGUCGUGCUCAUGGUCGGCAACAUCAACGUAGUGGAGCACAGGUUCAACCGAUGA